GAAAAAAAAGUUUCUUUCAUUUCACUUUCACUUUGCCUCCUUUUUCAUCAUCGUCCAGUCUCACUUGAUUUUGAGCAAAGUGCCAAAGUGCCUAAGUAACUUAGAUAAUUAUUUCGAGUUUACCAUUUAUACUUUGUUGGUCAGUUAUUUAUGUUGAAUGUUAAAACAUAGUUGAUCAGUUUUGCUCAAGUGUGUUGAUUGGUUGAUCCAAGCUUAGCUUGGCUUUUUUUCUCGUCAUAAAUUCAUAGUGUUUCCCAGUUGAACUGAAUUGAACACAAUCGUUAACCAUGAAGUUAUUAAAAUUAUCAAGUUGCUUGCUCAUCACCUUUUUGUGCAGCCAAACUGUUUCAAGUCAAUUUUUUGAUCCCUCACAGUUUACCAAUAGUGACCCACGUCAAUCACCUUUACCGUCAAACUCACCUCAACACUUCCCUUCAUUUGACCGUGGAUUAUUUGGUUCACAAUCAUCUUCACCUUUUCGUUUUUUCCACUCACCCUCAUCACCCUCAUCUUCAAACCUUCAAACAAUCCAAUCAGGUGACCCUUCAAACCCAAGUUUCACUCGAUUCGGAUCCUUCUCAAGGCCUUUAACCUCAGCACCAGAAGGUUUACCAGCCGAUGAAAUUUCAGCUCUUAACGAAGCAAACUCUCGGUUCAUCAAUCCAUUCACACAACCUCAAGCCCAGUCAUUGCCUCAACUCAACCCAAGACCCAGUCAACCCCCAUCAGACUCUGCCUUUACUGGGCCUGGCAACUUCAACAGUCAACCCUCACCAUUGGGUUUACCUUCACCUCAACCAGCCUCACCAUUAGGGUUGCCUCAACCCAAUGAGGAGAGACGCUUCAACGGUGAACCCGGGGUAGUUUAUGAGGAAAAUGAAAAUGCUGAACUUUCAUCGCAAGGUCAACCACAAUUUAGACCUCAAUUUAGACAGCAACAUUCAUCUCAACCUUUUGUGAACCCAGAAUUUUUCGGCUUUGGCAAUCAGCAACGUCCACCCACCUCUGGUGAACAAGCUCGACCUCAGUUGCCAAUACCACAGCCUCAAGAGCAACCUCAACCUCAACCUCAGUCUCAGCUAUUCCAACCCCAAGAGCAGCCUAGAUCACAGUUUGCACCACCUCAAGUACCCCAGCCACAGUUGAACCCACAACUCGAAGCAAACAAUCAGCCACAACUCUCACCUGAAACUCAAUUCCAACCCCAACCUCAAACAUCUCAGCCUCAGUCACCACAAUUAGCUGUCCAACCUCAGCCACAGUUUUCAGCUCAACCACAGUUUCAACAUCAACAUCAGCAUCAACCUCAACCUCAACCUCAACCCCAACCUCAACCUCACAUACCUCAACCACAAACACAGCCAGAACUUCAAUUUCCUCCUCAGCCUCCAUCAAACCCACAAUUUCAAUUCUCAUCUCAGUUUCAACCACAAUCCCAGCCUCAACCUCAACCUCAACCCCAGUCACAACCCCAGCCACAGCCACAACCACAACUACAACCUCAACCACAGUUUCAGUCAAAUUUCCAAUUCACUCCUCCUCAACUUCAACCACAGACUCAACCACAGGCUCAACCACAACUUCAGCCCGAG